CGAAACUGUGUGUGUGAAGCGGAUCACGGCGGGGCCCAGGGAGAUUCGAAUCGCCAAACCUCGACUGUCUGCUCGCUAGAACCGCAGGCCCAGCGCCUGUUGGGUUGUGUUUGUGUUCUCUCCACUCCCCCGUGCAUGAGCCGGGAACAACAAGUUUUGGAGGGCAGCAUAUGGCGGACGGCCGAAAUGCAUUGAGUAACAGCAGCCAGCAAGGAAGCACCUUCAUUAGCCAAUCGCAGGCUAAUGUUGGACGGUCCGGAUUGACUGGCUCUCCGCAAAUGGCUACAAUAGCAGCCAUGCAAGCCGGUCACCUGCCACCGUCGUCGCUGGGUCCUGCUGGCCUGCCUGCACAUCAUGCACUGGCAGCUCAGGCUCCGGCAUCACUGGCAGCAGCACCAGCACACGUCCAUGGCGCUCAGUCUCAUUCGCAGUAUACUCAGUUUGCACCAACGAAUAAUAUAGGUCAACCACAGCAGCAGCCAACACAACAAACCCCGCCUCAGCAGCAACAGAUGUCACAGCAGCCAGCGCAAGUGGCACCACAGCAGCAGCACAGUCUGAUGGCGGGUGCCACUAACCAGCAGGUCAUGGAGCAUCUUCGCAACUUGCCGCCACAGGAUCGAGAGAGGGUGCAGAUAUGGAUGCAGAAGAAGCAGCAGGAGUUCCAAGAGCAGCAGCAGCGCCAACAGCAGCAGGCGCAAGCUCAGUCUAUGAGUGGACAGGCAACUACCCAAGGUAGCAUGAAUGUUCAGCAGCCGUCUCAACAGCAGCAGCAAACGAGUCCGUCUUUAGCACAGGUACGACCUCAUUCAGCACACUCCAUACCUCCAUCACACUCACAACAGGCAAUGCGACCAGCUCUCCAAACACAGUUACAACAUCCAACGGUGCAGCAGGCUAGCAUCACCUCUGCCACUGGUCCCAGUGCUGCUGGAGCUGCAUCAGCAGCUUCAGACCAACUGUCGAGAUUGCUUCUCCAGCAACAGCAAUUACUGGCUUCCCAGAAGCACCAACAGGCGCGAUCUGGAACUGAUCUCCAGCAGCAGCAGGCAACAGCGGCUGCAGGGUCAGCGGUAGCGGGUGGAGUUUCUGUGCCCUCGCCAUUGCCACCUUCCUUCGCAAGUGCCCAGGUUGUGAGCACAAGUGCUGUAGCUACUAGCGCUCAGAGUGUGGUGCAGAGCCGGCCUCCUCAUGGCCAGGCACCAGGAGCAGCCCCAGUUUCUUCUGUUGCGACAGGCGUGCCCGCCUCUGCCGGCGUAAAACCAGAACUCUCCGCAGCAGGCAGUAACAUUUCUGCAGCGUUAAGAGCGGCAGAACAAGUCACGGCUGUCGCUCAAGAGCAGCAAAGAACGUUUGCCGAACAGCAGCAACGACUUCUUCUCGAGAAACAAGCAAUACAGGCUCAUUUGGCACGGAGUGGAGGAGGAGGAGGAGGAGCAGUGGGUGGUGCAGCCACUCACUGGAAUCAACAGGACCUCAAGACCCAAGCAACUUCCCAGUCCCAUGUCGCCCCGGUAGGUUCAGCUGCCAUUCGAAAGUCUGUUGGUAGUCCACCUCUUAGCCACCCUACGUUACCAGAUGCGGCCACUGCUGCUGUUGCGGGACAGAAUAGGUAUGUGGGGAGUGAUACGAAUAUGUCCACAACAUCACAAAGUCAUCCCAUCUCGCCUCCAUCACAAGUCAAAGCGGAACAGCAACAGCAGCAGCAGGCGGGGCAGCAAGGAACUACACUGACCUUAGAUGCGAAUAAGAUCAUGCAGCUCCGGCAAAUGUUGGCAUCGGGUCAGCUGACCAACGCUCAACGCCAGCAUAUCCUAGUAGCACUGGCCCACAAUCAGCAACAACAGCUACAGCAGCAGCAGCAGCUACAACUUCAGCUACAGCAACAGAAACAGAUGCAGCUACAGCAGCAGCAGCUGACUGCAGGUGGUGAUCAAUCCAGCCAGGCAAGCAUUCCCCCUAGGCCACCAUCCCAUUCUGUAUCUGUCAGUGGAAUAGCACCCCGGCCACCGUCUGUACCUCACGUGCACACUGCUGACCCGGCCUCGUCAACCAUGAAACCCAGUCCGCCUGCAGUGCCACAUAGUGUACAACCUCCACAGCAGCAGCAGCAGCAACAACACCCUCAGCCAUCAUCCUCAGUGUCACCAAGUUCAGCCACCGCCAAUGCAGCUGCUGCGGCUGCUGCCGGAAUUUCGGGCCUCGCUAGGCAGUCUCCGUCGCCUGCACCCUCUCAUGCUGUUUCUCAGUCUGGUGUCAUGAACACUGCUGCUCGCCCUUCUCCAGGUCAGCCGCAGUUGUCGAUGCAAGCAGCAACUUGGUCAAAUAGUGCCUCGCAACAGUCUUCAUUGCAGCAGGCACAAAUGCAGAAACAAGCCUUACCGAACCAGCAGCUAUCCCAGCCGCAGACGGCAUCAUCCUAUCAGCAAGCACAGUUGCAGGCAUUGGCACAGCAACAGGAGCUUCAAAAGCGCCAGCAGCAACAACAGCAGCAAGCGCAGGCUUCACAGCCUACCACUUCUACAAGUACUAUUGCUGCAGCCAACUCGGGCAAUCCACCAGCUAACGCGGCCGUGCUGCAGUCUCUGAUGCAGUCUGCAAUGGGCAGUGGUACACAAAACAAGUCCUUGCAACAGCCCACUCCUGCUGCUGCUGCAACACAAAGUGGAAUGACCCCGGCCGCCGCAGCAGCUGUAGUGGCGACGGCAGUCGCCAAUCGUCCUGGUGUCAAACCGGAGCAGGUUAAAUCAGUCCUGCAGUCUGUCAUGGCAGCCGCUGCUAGUUCUGGUGGUUCUGCCAACAAUGCUUUUGCCUCGCAGUUUGCUCAGCUGUUGCAGCAGCAACAGCAGAAUGGUGGCCAUACUGCUAACAGUGCAUUUGUGUCACAGUUUGCUCAGUUGCUACAACAACAGCAGCAACAGCAGCAGCAGCAGAAACAACAACAGCAGCAGCAGUCAUCACAAGCACAGCCGCAACAACAAACACAGCAACAGAAACAGCAACAGCCAGUUUUACCGAAUGGUGUUGUUAAUGCUGGUGCUGCGGUAGCGGCAGCAGCUGCAGCAAGUGCUGCGGCAGCGUCCACAGUUUCCGCUGGUCAGUCCAAGGCCAUGACCGGCUUGUCAUUACAGCAACUGGUGAUGUUCCAGAAAUUGCAACAGCAGCAGCAGCAGCAACAGGCGCAACAAACGUCUCCUCAGGCCCUUCAGAGCUCACAGCAGCAGCAACAGCCAGCACAGCAACAGGCGCAAGUGCAGGCACAAGCCAAUUCCUCGAUGCUUUUACUUCAGCAACAAGCUGCUCAGCAGCAGGCACAAUCGCAGCAGCAGCAACAGCUUACACCAGCUCAGCGGAUACUGCAGCAUCAACAACAACAGCAGCAACAGCAGCAGCAGCAACAACAGCAGCAGGACUCACAACAAAGACCUACACCACAGUCACUUCAACAACAGCAGGCAGUGGCUCAGCUCCAGAGUCUUCAACAGAAGGUACAGACAUCUCUUCAACAGCAACAGCAAGCGGCUGCUCAAACGACAACUUCGGCGGCAUCGUCGGCACUCGUGCAACAGCAGCAGCAGCAGCGUUUGGCGCAGAUCUUGUCGUCUGCAUCCACUGGUGGCAACACGGCAAACUGGUCAUCUCUGAACCAGGCUGCCAUGUCACUGCCAAUGGCCAUGCGCACACAACUGUUGCAACAGCAGGCUCAACAGCUGCAGCAACAACAACAACAACAGCAGCAACAACAACAGCCGCAGCCGCAGCACUCUCAAUCGCAGCUCCAACAGAUUCUGCAGGGGCAGCAGCCAGAAAAGCCAACCGCCACGCCACAAACUCCGUUGCUGCUCCAGCAGGCACUGCAACAACAGCAAGAGCAGCAGCAGAAACAACAGUUUCUGCAGCAUCACUUGCGUGUCUCUCCACCACCGUCAAUGCCACAACUCGGUCUCAAGCCUGCCACUAGUCUCGCUGUGUCUUCGACACCAGAGACCAAUGUUGCAACAACCACUGCCACUUCUGUCACUACUGCACCAAGCACGCCUGCACCCUCUAAACCUAAGGCCGGCAGCACAGUGAGUAGCUCUGUCUCGCAGACCACUACGGUCAUCAGCGCAACACCUGCAACAACAGCGGCGGCAGCAGCAGCGGCAGCAGCAGUGGCUGCGCGGACCAGUACUGCUACGACAACAAGCACUGUGGUGACAUCCAGCAGACCUACUCCGGCCGCUAAGAAGAGAGAUUCGUCGUCCUCUACCACAACGCCUGCUAAAGUGGCUUCUUGCAUGCAACGAACCAAGAGACGUGAUACAGAGAUCGCUCUGGGCCCGGACUGCAAGCAGCCCUUCAACACGUUUGGAGAUGCGAUUGUCCGCCUUCUGCCGUUUCACAUGUUUGCUGAGGUGGAGCCACUGCCCACGUUCACCGCUUCAGUGGAAGAGAACUUGCGUACUACUGCAUCCGAUGUUGUUGCCAGAAAGGAUGGAGUGUCUCAGAGAUAUCGUUUACUACUGCUCAAAGAAAGCAUGCAAAAGGAAGCAGCUGCCGAGCAAACGUUAAUGAAGCGGUUGUUUGUGAAUGAUCUGCGCCAAGAAUGGCAAGAGGAGAAGGAACGGCUGUCUGCAGAGGCCGCUGCACAAGCCAAGGCCGAGGAAGAAAAGCGGAAUCAGGCACUGGCCGAGAAGCUGGCAGCAACCGCUGGCAGCUCUUCAUUGCAAGCCGACGUUUCUGCCUCUGUGACCAGCGUGACUGAAGCGGCUCUGGCAGCCGUGUCGAUGGUGAACGGAGAUGGAAGCGCAACAUCCCUGCCUGCCCCUGCAGACAUUACUGAUAGCAAUAGCCAGGAUGCAUGUGGACCUCCGGCUGUAAGCUUCGUCAAUGAUGCCGGGCCCGGUAGACCAUUUGAAGAGACCGACUACAGCGAUCUUAACUCUUCUCUGAGCGUGACCGGUGUGCCGCAUAUAGCUUUCUCUCCGCUCUACGGCAGUUCUCUUACAGGUGCAGAGAGCACAGCAUCAUCGCCAGAAGGUGCUGUCAUGAUGGUGGAAGACAGUUAGACCCGCUGCUAGUCGCUACACUGCCCCCAUGCUCCUCUAUUCUGCUGUUUUCCUGUAUAUAGUUGACUUGUUGGCACUGUGCUGUUGUGCAUUUGAAUCUCCCUGCUACCAGCACCCCGUAUUGUAUAAUAUUCACCCUGUACAUCUGUCAUGUAGUCACUAGGAUGGGUCUCUCUCACUCACUCAUCUUGCUGUUAUUGUAGCUGGCCUCUUCCUGUCUUUGUAUGUGAGUUUGUUUUUUAUCGUCUUGGGUGUUGAAUUCCAAUUUUAUUGAAAGUCUGUAUGCUGAUCGUUGAACGUUCUAAAUCCAUUCUUCUGAACCACCAUAUUUUGGAGUACACUUGAGUAUGAUUUUUCAUGCAAGUGACGCAUCUAAAAUUGUGCGUCUAAAUGGAUAA